GUUAAGGUGUUACAAUUCUUCCUCGUAGAAAACAUAGGUCACAUUAAUUUUGUAAGUGUAACAAUGUUGCCACUGCUAUUUCUAUUUGUUCUAUGCCUAAUUAUUCCAUUGUUAAUGUUCUUCCACAAACAUAGAACCAUUAAACACUACCCCCCAGGUCCUAAAGGCCUUCCAAUAAUAGGGAAUCUUCAUCAACUAGACAUUUCUAAUCUUUAUCUUCAAUUUUCUCAAUUCUCAAAAAUAUAUGGUCCUCUAUUUUCACUUCAACUUGGUUUAAGACCAGCUAUUGUUGUUUGUUCAGCUGAAAUUGCCAAAGAAGUGUUGAAAAACAAUGAUCAUGUGUUUUCUAAUAGACCUAAAUUAUAUGGUCAACAAAAAUUAUCUUAUAAUGGGUCAGAAAUUGUAUUUUCUCCAUACAGUGAUAUUUGGAGAGAAAUAAGAAAAAUUUCUGUUGUGCAUUUAUUUAGUUCCAAACGUGUAUCAUAUUAUUCCUCUAUAAGAAAGUUUGAGGUGAAGAAAAUGAUCAAAAGAAUUUCAGGGCAUGUUGAUUCUUCAAGUGUUACAAAUUUGAGUGAGUUAUUGAUUUCGCUAUCAAGUACUAUAAUUUGUAGGAUUGCUUUUGGGAGAAGCUAUGAGGAUGAAGGAACUGAAAGAAGUAGGUUUCAUGGAAUGUUGCAUGAGUUUCAAGCUUUACUUGCAGAAAUAUUUGUUUCUGAUUAUAUUCCAUUCAUGAGUUGGAUUGAUAAACUUAGGGGAUUGCAUGGUCGUCUUGAUAGAAAUUUCAAGGAGUUUGAUGAAUUUUAUCAAGAGAUUAUUGAUGAACAUUUGGAUCCAAAUAGAGAACAAAUUACAGAUGAAGAAGUUAUUGUUGAUAUCUUACUCCAAUUGAAGAAAAAACGAUCGUUUUCUUUUGAUAUCACUUUUGAUCACAUCAAAGGGGUCCUCAUGAAUAUGCUUGUAGCUGCAACAGAUACUACAUCAGCCACAUCAGUUUGGGCUAUGACUGCCCUAAUAAAAAACCCAAGAGUAAUGAGAAAAGUGCAAGAGGAAAUUAGGAACUUGGGAGGUAAAAAAGAUUUUUUAGAUGAAGAUGAUAUUCAAAAUUCUCUAUAUUUGAAGGCAGUGAUAAAAGAGACAUUAAGAUUGUACCUACCAGCUCCACUGCUUGUACCAAGAGAAUCAAGGGAAACAUGCAUUAUCAAUGGCUACAAUAUUCCAGCCCAAACAAUAUUGUAUGUAAACGUCUGGGCUAUUCAAAGAGAUCCUAAUACUUGGAAAAAUCCAGAAGAAUUUUAUCCCGAGAGAUUCAUAGAAAGUUCUAUAAAUUUUAUUGGACAUGAUUUCGAACUAAUACCCUUUGGAGCUGGUCGUAGAAUUUGUCCUGGCAUGUCUAUGGCAGUUGCAUCAUUGGAACUUAUCCUUGCUAAUCUUCUCUAUUCUUUUGAUUGGAAAUUGCCACAAGGUUUAGAAAAGGAAGAUAUUGAUACCGAAAUGUUGCCAGGGAUCACUCAACACAAGAAGAAUCCUCUUUACCUUGUUCCCAAUAUCCCUAUUUAGAUGUAUCCCUUUAUGUUAACUUUGUUAGUUUCAUGUUUAAUAUACUGUUUAUUAAGCUUUUUAUGUUGCUCUACUAUUUGAAUUUGAAAAAAGAGAAAAUCAGUUACUUUGAA